CGUCUAACUGAACUCCACGGUGUGUGUUUGUGCUUCUUCUUUGUGCUGGGACCCACUGGCACUAGCUGCAGGUUUACAACAUGCUGAGCAGCGGAGUGGAGCGGACACGUCAAAUAGUGCAGGAGGCGGGCCAGUGAUUUGGUUGCCUGGUCUCAGUUAUGUGAGUUGUUCGGACACACCUCGUCCUGCACCAUCACUGACUGUCCUCUUCAUCAUCGUCACCGCCGGUAACGCUCAUCUCCACUCGGCUGUGAGGCCGUACGUCCGUCGGUCGGGAUCCUGUCCGCUGCGGGUUGGGAGAUGUCCGCUGGCGUCUCCCGACCGGAGUCAGUUUAGGAAGCUCAUUUCCUACGGAGGAAAACGUCAACGUUGUUUUCGUGCGAAGGCGGUUUUCACCUAGAGACAACUAUCAAAACCACCCAUCCUCCUUUCAUCACGGAGAUGUAUGGCUGUGAAACUGUGCCCCGGAUUUGAUACAUGAAGUUAGAGGCUGUUUGUUGUGCCAGGCCAAGGCGAGGACGGACUGGAGAUGCCUUCAGGCUAACGGUGCUAACGUUAAAUGGACCACAAGUAGGUCGCAUAUUGUUUAGCACAUCUGCCGAGGCUAGGGACUUUAUGUGCACUGCGCACUUUGCAGUCUGUGUUUACACUGAGCGAUAGCUAACACAAGAUGUUGAAAUAGCGAUAAGUUUGUUUGCCAUUUGUGUCUUUACAUUUAGUCACCAACACUAAACUUCUUUUACUAGCUAGAGGCACGGCGUUAAGCUAGCUAGCCGUGCUAAUCAACGCCUCAACAAAAACAAAUGCCAAACUCUCACUGUCCUUAGAGACUGUGCACUGAUACGCCAAUGUUAAUAACACUUUUAGAUGGACUCUUUAAAAUCAUCUGCCACAACCUAGCAGGUGGGUGUGCAAGUAUGACUACUGAUUAACGAUCUAAUAACGAAAAAAUUGCGACAAGGCAGUUCUUUGUGACUGGCGUUUAAUUUGCUGCAAGUUUGGAACAGUAAAUCAACCUGUUUAUGUACUAGACAGCAGCAGCUCACCUGUCAGCCAUGGAAGGAAAUACACAACAGAAAAGCACUCCUUUAGCUCGGGAACUAACCAAGAUAUUCAGCAGUUACAAUAAGCACUCCGUACAGCUCAAGAAGAACCUGAAAGAGACAAAUGCGUUCUUCAGGGAAAUAAGACAAAACUACAGCAAUGCCUGUGCAUCAACCAUCUCGGAUUCAGCUUCUCUGGAGGCAGGUCCGCUCAGCUGCAUCGCUUUCCCCAGUCAUGAGGAAGAGUUCCUAUGCAACACAGUGGGUGCUGCCCCUUACAUCCUGGUGCUGGGCCAGGACUGUGCGGCCCGCUACCAGCUGCUCAACUGUCUUCUGGGGGAGAGGCUUCUGCCGCUGGGCCCUGAGGCCGGAGAGGCUUGUGAAGGAGUCCAGGGCACAGUCUGCAAGAGGCGGAAGCUGUGUUUCAGCCACGGGAGGCAGACACGGCUCAGUCUGGCGCUGCCUGGUCAGUAUGAGCUAGUGCAUCAGCUGGCAGCUAACUGUGGCCGCUGGGACACGGUGCCCCGAGAGGACCUGGAGAUCCACGAGGAAUGUGAAGACCCAGCCCACAGGCUAGCUGAGCUGGAGAUCACCCUGCAUCACCCACUGCUUCAGGAAGCGAAGGUCAUGGUGGUGCCUUGUCCGAGUGUCCAGCCCAUAGAAGAAGCCCUGGAAGACUACACUCGUGGUGUGAUCCCCAUCAUACUCUACGCCAUCAACCAGGACUCCUUGAGCUCAGAACAGGUGGCUGAGCUGUGGAAGGUCAAAGAGAUGCUCCCAUUUCCUUUCUGUUUUAUCCGUGUUCCUGACACGAUGCCAGCAGCCUCCCCGGAGCCCGGCCGCCGCACUGAGAAGGACAAGGACAAGGAGAAGAGCCCCCUGCACAAGCAGCUGGUCUCCCUUGGUUUACUUAAUAGCCCAGCAGGAAACUGCUCCUGUGGUGCACCUACACAGAUGCCCACCCCUGGCGCCAAGCCCCAGAGCAUGCUGGGUGAGGCCUUUGAAAGACUGCAUCGGUUGCUGGUUCCUUUUGCACGACAAGUACUUCAAAACCAGCAGGUGGAGGCUGCCAACCUGCUCAAUGGGCUCCACUGUCGCUGCCUCGAUCUUUUCAUCAACCAGGCGUUUGACAUGCAGCGGGACCUGCAGAUAACACCCCGCAGACUGGAGUACACGCGUGAGAAAGAGGGUGAACUGUUCACUUCCCUCAUGGCCAUCGCCAACCGCAAACAGGAGGAAAUGAAGGAGAUGAUUGUGGAGACACUCAGCAGCAUGAAAGAGCAGUUGCUCGAGGACGCUGCCAACCUGGAGUUCACAGACAUAAUUGUAACAACCAAUGGAGAGCCUGUUACGUCAAAGGAGAUCAAAUCUUGCAUCCAUCAGAUCCAGGAGCUGAUAGUGCUUCGUCUGAAUCAGGCUGUGGCAAAUAAGCUCAUCAGCUCUGUGGACUAUUUGAGGGAGAGCUUCGUAGGGACUCUGGAGCGAUGUCUCAACAGUCUGGAGAAGUCGCAUAUUGAAUCUUCUGUCCACAAUAUUACUUCCAAUCACCUCAAACAGUUAUUAAAUGCUGCCUAUCACGUGGAGGUCACCUUUCAUUCAGGGUCAUCUGUAACACGACUUGUCUGGGAGCAAAUCAAACAGAUAAUCCACAGGAUAACCUUCGUGAACCCUCCUGCUAUUACUCCAGAGUGGAAGCGGAAAGUGGCCCAGGAUGCCAUAGAAAGCCUCAGUGCUGCUAAACUGGCCAGAAGCAUCUGCUCCCAGUUCAGGACCCGACUCAACAGCUCCCAUGAAGCCUUUGCAGCAUCCCUGCGUCAGUUGGAGGAAGGACACACGGGGCGUCUGGAGCGAACUGAGGACCUGUGGCUUCGUGUGAGGAAGGACCACGCCCCUCGUCUGGCCCGUCUGUCUCUGGAGAGCCGCUCCCUCAGGGAUGUGCUGCUGCAUGGCAAGCCAAAGCUCGGGCGAGAGUUGGGUCGAGGCCAGUAUGGAGUCGUGUACUUUUGUGACAGUUGGGGAGGACACUACCCAUGUGCAUUAAAGUCUGUGGUACCGCCCGACGAUAAACACUGGAACGACCUCGCGUUGGAGUUUCACUACACAAGGACUCUACCUAAACACGAGCGUCUGGUGGACCUGCACGGUUCUGUGAUCGAUCACACCUACGCAGGCGGCUCGAGCAUUGCUGUGCUGCUGAUCAUGGAGCGACUGCACAGAGACCUCUACACAGGAUUAAAGGCUGGUUUAUCACUGAAGGAGAGGCUACAGAUUGCUCUGGAUGUAGUGGAGGGGAUACGCUUCCUGCACAGUCAGGGCCUUUUGCACAGAGACAUAAAGCUAAAAAAUGUACUGUUGGACAAACAAAAUCGUGCAAAGAUCACUGACCUGGGCUUCUGUAAACCAGAGGCCAUGAUGUCUGGGAGCAUCGUAGGAACCCCGAUCCACAUGGCUCCAGAGCUGUUUACAGGAAAGUAUGAUAACUCUGUCGAUGUCUACGCCUUCGGGAUUCUUUUCUGGUAUCUCUGUACUGGUUCAGUAAAACUCCCAGAAGCCUUUGAGAAGUGUUCCAGCAAGGACCAACUCUGGACCAACGUUAAAAAAGGGUCCAGGCCAGAGCGACUGCCCAGCUUCGACGAGGAGUGCUGGCAGCUGAUGGAGGCCUGCUGGAACGGAGACCCCUCCCUCAGGCCUCUGCUCGGGAUCGUAGAGCCCAGCCUGCAAAGCAUCAUGGUCCGGCUCUGCAGCUGCAGCACUGAACAGAAAAGCAGCAGCCUCGAGGACUCAAACUGAAAACACUCCUGACUAACUAACCCGUGCUAAGGAUCCCAAUCAGAAAAGUAUUUUUGUUGUAUUUAUGAAGAGCUGUUUGACAACAGGUGAUCAGUGGAUUCUGUCUGGGUCAUCUUCUGUGUUCGCAGUCGUUGGAUUUACAUUAUUUAUGAGGAGCUCAUACAGACCAGUUUGUAGAUGUGUGUUCUACUGUCUGUGCUUUGUGUAUUUGUAUACAAACUCUACAGUGUGCUUUUCUUGUAGCUGCUGUGCUAAUUGCUACUUGGUCAUAGGAUUGUUACUAGAUGCAAAUUGUUUUAAAAGUAGUCCACCCCCAGUAUUAUGAAAAAAUUGAGUAUAUAAAAGAUUAAUUUUAGAUUGUAUUUAAACUGAACAUUUCUGCAUCUGUACAACACCUUUUUUAAUAAAAUGUUCUGUUACAACAAG